AUGCCUAGCAGUGAAGUUCUACGUACGUUGAGAUGGCUCACUCGCAGCGCCAAUGGUGUGCUUAAGCAGCCCCAAACCGUGAUGCAAGGAUGUGCCAACUCUUCAUCUCGGCUUAUGGCAACUGUUUCAGAAGCAACACCCGAAAGAUUCACUCAGACCGACAGCGACGCAUCAAGGACGCCUUGGCAACCUCCUGCUCCUGCCCUCGUUACUAUUCACUCCUUUCCAUCAAUGACGCCUCUCCGCUUCGAGGAAUACUCGCCAGACCAUCUACUUGUUCCUCUUCGAAGGGACUUACUCCACCGUGCGGUUGUUUACGAGGGUGAUAAGACUCGCCAGGGUACCGCGAGCACAAAAUGGCGUGAUGAUGUGCACGGAAGUGGACGAAAACUCGCCCCUCAAAAGGGUACCGGUAAUGCGCGAGUUGGAGACAAGAAAUCUCCUAUUCGACGAGGUGGUGGUGUUGCACAUGGUCCUCAUCCACGAGACUUUUCCACCGACCUUCCCAAAAAAAUGUACGACAAGGCUUGGAGGAUUGCACUGAGCUAUCGCUACACGCGCGGUUCGCUACUGGUUGUGGAUAAUCUCAAAAUGCCUGAAAACUCCUCGCCGUGGUUCUGGAAGAGAUUCUUUGAGGUUAAUGCCUGGGGCAAGGGACAUGGUGGAUGUACCUUUGUCAAGGAUCGCAUGGAUGAGGAUCUGUUCGGCGCCAUUGCUGAGUUCCAAGAGCACGGCAGAAUACUCGACAGACCUGAUCUGGAUGUGAAGGAUAUUUUGAAGAAUGGGAAGUUGAUUAUCGAAAAGAAAGCCUUGGACAAAAUCCUUCGAGAUCACUCCAGAGAUCUUCCCACGCCACCACCCAAGGCUCUCUACCCUGAAGGAAUGUAUUUCUCUUGA